GUGGCCAAGUAGCCCAAGGGCGGGGCGCAGGAGGGGCUACGCUGUGCCUAGCCAGGCAGCAACCCGCAGGGGCUGUGGCUGCUCAACUUCUGUUAGCGUUGGAGAGAGAAUCUGCCGGGAGAUCCCUUCUCCCCGUCUUCUGUGUGGUGGUCACUGCGGCUCCCGCAGGCCAUAUUCAGAUGGGCUUGGUGUGCUGGUUCCUUCCUUAGUAGGGGACUAAUGCCCCAGAACCUUAGGGAGAAGAGCCAGGUCUACCCCCGACAUAGAUCUGGUAGUAACGCAGGCCCCAAAAGCCUCAAAGCCAUCCCAGCAGCAACCAUGUACACUUUCCUGCCUGACAAUUUUUCACCUGCCAAACCCAAGCCCAACAAAGAGCUGAGGCCUCUGCUGGGCUCCGCGGUAUUGGGACUGCUGCUGGUGCUGGCGGCAGUUGUGGCCUGGUGCUACUACAGCGCCUCGCUACGCAAAGCCGAACGCCUGCGCGCAGAGCUGCUGGACCUGAACCGUGGCGGCUUCUCCAUCCGGAACCAGAAAGGUGAGCAAGUCUUCCGUUUGGCCUUCCGUUCGGGUGCACUGGACCUCGACUCCUGCAGCCGGGAGGGUGCCCUGCUUGGCUGCUCCCGAACGGCCGAUGGACGCCCGUUGCACUUCUUCAUCCAGACUGUACGACCCAAGGACACUGUCAUGUGUUACCGCGUGCGCUGGGAGGAAGCUGCACCAGGGCGUGCUGUGGAACACGCCAUGUUUCUGGGAGAUGCUGCGGCGCAUUGGUAUGGCGGCGCAGAGAUGAGGACGCAACACUGGCCUAUCCGCCUGGAUGGCCAGCAGGAGCCACAGCCAUUUGUCACGAGCGACGUGUACUCUUCUGACGCCGCAUUCGGGGGCAUCCUCGAGCGCUACUGGCUGUCUUCACGCGCGGCCGCCAUCAAAGUCAAUGACUCAGUGCCCUUCCACCUGGGUUGGAACAGCACUGAGCGUUCGAUGCGGCUGCAGGCACGCUAUCACGACACAUCUUACAAGCCACCAGCUGGCGGUACCGCAGCGCCAGAACUCAGCUAUCGCGUGUGCGUGGGCUCAGAUGUCACCUCCAUCCACAAGUACAUGGUUCGGCGUUACUUCAAUAAGCCAUCCAGGGUACCAGCAUCAGAGGCCUUCCGAGACCCCAUUUGGUCCACAUGGGCGAUCUAUGGGCGCUCGGUGGACCAAAACAAGGUGCUGCAAUUCGCCCAGGAGAUCCGUCAGCACCGCUUUAACAGCAGCCACCUGGAAAUCGAUGACAUGUACACGCCUGCUUAUGGCGACUUUGAUUUCGACGAGGGCAAGUUCCCCAAUGCCACUGACAUGUUCCGCAGCCUGAGAGAGGCUGGUUUCCGAGUCACACUUUGGGUGCAUCCGUUUGUCAACUACAACUCCUCGCGCUUCGGCGAGGGCGUGGAGCGUGAGCUGUUCGUGCGCGAGCCCACGGGCCGGCUGCCCGCGCUGGUGCGCUGGUGGAACGGCAUCGGUGCGGUGCUGGACUUCACGCGCCCAGAGGCCAGAGACUGGUUCCAGGGACAGCUACGGCGCCUGCGCUCACGCUACAAUGUGGCCUCCUUUAAGUUCGACGCUGGUGAGGUCAGCUACCUGCCCCGGGACUUCAGCACCUACAGGCCUCUGUCCGACCCCAGUGUGUGGAGCCGGCGGUACACCGAGAUGGCGCUGCCCUUCUUCUCGCUAGCCGAGGUCCGCGUUGGAUACCAGUCACAGAACAUCUCCUGCUUCUUUCGCCUAGUGGACCGCGACUCGGUAUGGGGCUACGACCUGGGACUACGCUCUCUUAUCCCUGCUGUGCUCACGGUCAGUAUGCUGGGCUAUCCGUUCAUCCUGCCCGAUAUGGUGGGUGGCAACGCGGUGCCAGAGCGCACAGACGGCCGCCAAGAUGGGCCGGGGCCGGAGCGCGAGCUCUAUGUGCGCUGGCUGGAGGUGGCGGCUUUCAUGCCUGCCAUGCAGUUUUCAAUCCCGCCCUGGCAGUACGACCCAGAAGUGGUAGCCAUCGCACACAAGUUCGCCGCUCUGCGCGCCUCGCUAGUGGCGCCACUGCUGCUUGAGCUCGCUGGUGAGGUCACCGACACUGGCGACCCCAUCGUGCGCCCCCUGUGGUGGAUCGCACCGGGGGAUGAAACGGCCCACCGCAUCGACUCGCAGUUCCUUAUCGGGGAUACGCUGCUGGUGGCGCCAGUACUGGAGCCUGGUAAGCAGGAGCGUGAUGUCUAUUUGCCCGCCGGCAAGUGGCGCAGCUACAAGGGUGAGCUUUUUGACAAGACGCCGGUGCUGCUCACGGAUUACCCCGUCGACCUGGAUGAGGUCGCCUAUUUCACCUGGGCGUCCUGACCCACUUCAAGACCUAGGAAUCCCACAGUCCUAACCCCAGCCUUCAUGCAGAGUUUUAAUCCUUUACCAUACCCAAACGGUGCGCCCUCAGGAAGUUCCCACCUCUAUAUCGCUUAGGAAAUGAGUACAGACUUAAAAGUGCUCCAGCGAACAGCUGUAGGUGAGACCUGGGAGGGGAAGUAUGGAAACAACCUCCUGCCCCAGUGCACAGUCCUAACAGCGCCCCACCCAAACCCCGGGACCUUCUCUCCAGUCUUCAGAAACCUCUUCCCUGGGUUGGAGGGCUGGGAACUCAGGACAAAGGUCUGUUCUUUCUGUUACACAGGGUCUGAUUUUUAAAGCAGAGAUAUCUCUUCUUCCCCUGACCUUUGUAGCCAUCUUUGUCCUCUGAGACGAGGAACCGAUUCUCUUCAAAGUUCCCAAAUAGUUUUUUACCAUAUUUAGAAGGUGUACCUUUAGCUGGGCAGUGGUGGCACAUGCCUUUAAUCCCAGCAUUUAGAAGGCAGAGACAGGCGGAUCUCUGAGUUCAAGGCCAUCCUGUCCUACAGAGUGAGUACCAGGAUAGCCAGGGCGACACAGAGAAAGAAAAAAAGUGUACCUUCUUGGUGACAGCAGCUAGUUUCCCAGCACACACCUGAGCAGUCAUUGACCUGAUCCUAUUCCAUCUGGGAAAGAAAAGAUACAGAUGUUUGGUUUGGCCUGCUGACAAGGAAGCAAAAGGUCUCUUCCCAGGCAGUAGGAGAGCUGGGCUCAGCCUGGACUAAUUGUCUCUGUGAGGAGACUAACACUGCACUAACCUAUUUGUGUAUACAGCAGACUCAACCUUGAACCCAUCCCUGGGCCAGAAGUGCCUAGUGGGCAGACUUGCAGGGCCAUGCAGGCUGGACUCGAUGCCUUAAUUCAAGAACCUGUGUCUAUAUGUGUGUAUGUAUGUACACACUCGUAUCUGAGAGAGGGAGAUGUGCCCACCAUGGUCUCCGAAUGCACAGAAUGAAGAGAAUAUCCCUGAGGCUGGAUAAGCCUAGAGGGAGGAUGAUGCAGGGGCAAACUCAAGCCUUUGAUUGUUGAGCUAGCCCCUUCCCAGAUGGUUUCCCUAGGAGAGUAGCAGCACCAGUUUAGGAGUUCAUAACACUAGAGCUGGGCUGAGGAGGUGACUCUACUGAAGGUAAAGGCCCUUCCUUCCUGGAAAGCCUGACAACCUGAGUUCAAUCCCAAGAUCAUAUGGUAAAAGGAGAGCACUGUAGGAAAUCAACAGCCCUUUAAGAUUACUCAGCUGUCUCGCUCUGCACACAUGUUCAAGUGUGACCUAAAAGGGAACCAUGUUCUCAUCCCCGCAGUGAUGUGUUUGGCACAUGAAUGACAUUGCACAUUGAUACACACAUGUGUCGGGGAAGGUCUUUUAUCUCAGGAAUUCACCUGUUCUAAGAUCAGCUCCAGCCAGGGUGAGUUUUUCCUGACUCUGCGGCUAUGUCUUCAAGAGUCACUUGCCAGAGAAGGUGGACAACAAGGUAGAGCCCAGCUUCCUCAGCGGCUCUGACAACAAAGCCUGUGCCCCAAUCCUUCAUUUUCUCUGGGUGAAAAGCCCUGCGCUUCAGGGUUCCCACAGAUGCCUGUCUCCAGUGCCAAUUCUUUUGUUCCUUUUUGUUGGUAAUGUUGAAGACAGAACCCUGGGCCCCAAGCAUACUAAGCAAGCACUCCUCCAGGGAGCUACAUCCCCAGUCUUCAGCUGGGUGACCUUGAAUAAGCCGCUUAACCCCACUGAGCCUCAGUGUGUGUGUGUGUGUGUGUGUGUGUGUGUGUGUGUGUGAAAGAGAUGAUGAUGCCUACCUCCAAGGUAAUUUUAAUAAUAAGCACGGAUAUAUGGAAAGUGCCUGGCACAAAGUAGGUGCUCAAUAAAAAAUAGCUGUUGUGGUA